GGCUUAGACAUCGAGUGAGCUAGCAUGCGCACGGCAUGCAUGCAUACUUAUAGUUUACUUGCCUGAUUUGAUCUCAUCACUUCCAUCCAACCAUCGAUUGCUUCAUCGUUCUGAAUCCCCUUCGUGUCCGGGUUCCUGUCGUCCGCGUGCGUCUGCCACCUGGGGGUGUAUUGUCAGUGGUGAGCCGUCGUCAGCCAGCAUCACCUGAUCGCCUGUAACGCUUGAUGUAUUGAUGUAGGGCGUCCGACCAUACAACCUGUGUGAGCUUGGCCGUCCCUCCUUCCACUCCUCUCCUCUGGGACUGAUCCGAAGUGUCUACUACUCCCAUCGGAGUGAGAAUUCAUCAUGGCCGUUUUGGGCAUUCAGAUCGUCAUCACCAUGGUCAUGGCCUCGGUCAUGUCUAAGAUCGGACCGUUCUGCUCUUUGGCCCGUUGGCUGCUCACCUCUUCGGGCUUGAUCCGCUAUCAGCAUCCGACGGAUGAAGAGCUCAAACUCCUAGCCAAGAUCCCUUUGAAAGAGUCUAAGAAGAGUGGCAAGUCCGGUAAAUCCGGUCGAGGCCCCAAGAAGUUCUGGCCGGCCGCCAAUGGACGUGAGGCCCACCCUCAUGGUGCGGAACAACUCGAGACCUUUAACGUGCCCCGAAAUUUGGACCUUCAAUUAGACGUGGCCCCCGUGUUGGCCGUGGAUGUAGUGCAACUCCGAUUCUAUGUCGAAUAUCAAUGGCUGGUGGACUUUGCUGCCCACGCAUUGGGUGUGUAUGGGCUGACCGAGGUCUACUUGCACUUUUUCCCGGUGCGCGGAAUGCAGGAGGUCAAUCUGAGUAUGGUGUGGUGCUUUUUGGUGGCUGGUUUCGCUUAUAAGAUCUUAAUCUCGCUCAAUCGGUUGUACUUUCAAAUGGAGGAAGGUGGUGAACGGUCUUUGGUUAUUGUUAUGGGAUUCGUAUAUCUCUUGUUUGCCAUGAUGGUCUUGAUUGUACAUGAAGACACAUUAGAGACCGGAUUAGACGAGGCCUACGCUAGCUUCAAUCAAUCAGCGGCCGUGUUUCUCGCCGAUAAUGCUGGCUUGGACUCCAGUGGUCCGGCGUCCAAACUGGUGCUCAAGUUCUUCAUCGCAUUGUGGUGCGGCUCCAUCGGGGCUCUGUUCACGUUUCCCGGACUGCGUUUGGCCAAGAUGCAAUGGGACGUACUCAAACACACGGAGGGUUCUGGUCCCAAGACCGUGCUCAUUCACACCUCAUUUGUGGCUCCUCUGUUGCUGACCACGCUUUGGAUCAAGCCACUGAGCCGAGAUUAUUUGACGGAUCGAGUGUUCCAGGGUAUGGACGGCCCGCUUUUCACCGAAGAUCAAUUCGAGAGCUUCCGUUUAAUUAUGAUCGUGGUGGUUGUGCUACUCCGGUUGGCCGUAAUGCCGACAUAUUUGCAAUCCUAUUUGAACAUUGCUUACUACAAAAUGGAGGAGUUGAAGCAAGAAGCGGGCAAGAUUAAUAAUCUGGAAAUGCAGCGCCGUGUAGCUCGAGUCUUUUAUUACUUAUGUGUGGUAACGUUGCAAUACAUAGCACCCAUGGUGCUGAUAUUAUUCUCAUCACUCAUGUACAAAACCAUGGGCGGAGGAAGUUGGACGGGUAUGUGGGCCGAUCUCGACAACCCAACGUCGUCGAUGCCUUCCAAUAAUACCCGAGUGCCCAUAGACAGCGUAACCUCUCAAUUGGGCGACGGUCAAUUCUCGUUGGCUUGGCAAUCGUUGAAGCAGGUGUUCACCCCCGAAGUGUUUCGAGGGCUCUUAGGCUUUUCCACGUGGUGGUGUUGCCUUUCCUGGUUUUUGUCGUCUGCCAUCGGAAUUCUGUACCAAACCUAUUUUGACUCGUGAAAACAGGAAUCUCUUCUAGGCUGUAUGAAUUCUUAGUCAAGAUCUCAACUCUGUUAGGGCAUUGGGGAAUGCAUCAAUCCUCCCCAUCAUUCGAAUUAUACACAACACAAGCAAUAA